UCGCAACUCGCAUUUGACAUUAACGUAAUUUGUUUUCGAUUGGCGGUAAUUUAUAGAUGUUUUAUUGUGUUUUGUGAUAUUACUAAACAAAAUAAAAAGAAAUCGAUCGAACAUGGUGCAAAAUGAUUCUGCGGCGUGGUCUCCAGACGAAUCAUUAAGAGUUCUAAUAGCAUCCGAUAUUCACUUAGGUUAUCUCGAGAAUGAUGCGGUUCGAGGCGAAGACAGUUUUAUAGCAUUCGAAGAAAUUCUUUCACUCGGAGUUCAAUACGAUGUAGACUUAAUUCUACUUGGUGGUGAUCUUUUCCACCACGCAAAACCGUCGCCUAGCUGUAUGUUAAAAUGUGCUCAAAUUAUUCGAAAAUAUUGUUUCGGGGACAAGCCGGUGAACAUCGAAGUUUUAUCCGACCAAAUUGAAAAUUUUUCCCGGAACGUAAACUACGAGGAUCCAAACUUGAACAUUUCUUACCCUAUCUUUUCCAUACACGGCAAUCACGACGACCCCGUGGGCCAGGGUAGCGUGAGUUCCCUCGACAUACUGUCCAUGACUGGCCUCGUCAACUAUUUCGGCAAGUGGAGCGACUACACCCACGUGCGAAUAUCUCCUGUGCUCAUACAGAAGGGCGAAACGAAGCUGUCCAUGUACGGAUUGAGUCACCUUAAAGAUCAACGACUCUCUCGUUUGUUUGUUGAGAAGAAAGUGGAAAUGGAAAUGGUCGAAGAUGGAAACGAUUGGUUUAACAUGUUGGUAUUGCAUCAGAAUAGGGCCGACAGAGGCCAAGGCAACUACAUACCGGAGAGUGUUCUGCCAAAUUUUCUGGACUUGGUUGUGUGGGGUCACGAACAUGACAGCCAAGUGUUUGCUAUGAAAGAUAUCAAAAGAGAAAAUGAGGGCUUUUUUGUUAUACAACCCGGCAGCACUGUUGCCACAUCUCUAGCUGCAGGGGAAGCUCUGCCGAAGCAUUGUGUUUUAUUCCAGUUACAUAAGAAAGAAUACAUUGUCACUCCCAUACAGUUAAAAACUGUGAGACCGUUUUUAUUCAAAACCAUUGUCCUAUCAGAAGAAAACCUCGGUGAAAAGAAUGUAAAUGAAAGUGAAAAAGUACAACAGUUUUUAAAGGACAAAGUCGAAGAUGCUAUCAAAGAGUCCGAGAAUUUACUGAGUGGUGAUCCCAGGCAGCCCAAAAUACCACUAAUAAGAUUGAGUGUGUUCUUUGAAAAGGAAGGUCAGGAUUUCAAUCGUAUUAGAUUUGGUCAAAACUUUAAUGGCUUAGUUGCUAAUCCAGAUGAUGUUUUGAUCAUGAAACGAGAGAAAAGAAUCCGUGACCGUAAAGAUCAAGAUGUGAAUACUAAGAAUGAUGUAGAUAUGGGUGGUGUGGCUGCUCAAGCUCCAGAUGUUGAAUCACUCAUACGUUCCUACUAUGAAGCCCUGCCACCGGAGCGUCGACUGUCAGUCUUAUCUGUGCGUGCUGUCACUGAUGCUGUCAGGGAUUUUACAUUAAAGAAAGACGACGAUAUUUUCCGUCGAGUACUAGACGCACACCGACGACGCUGCGUCGAUUUUCUGUUAGAGUCCACUGCAGAAAAGCCAGAAGAAAUUAAUGAGUCACUCAAAGCUUGCAAGCAAAGUUUGGACAAUACAGAUGCAGAAAACCUGAAGAGCCUUAUCGAUGAGGCCGCUAUCAAGGCAUCCAAGCACGCCGCCGCGGCCGCCGCAGCAGCCGCUGCCUCCACCGCCGCCGCAGCCAAGAACAUGAGGGACUGUAUUGUAUUGCUGAGUGACGACGACGAGCCGCUCGUACCCAUCGCCGGGCGAGGACGAGGGCGUGGCGCCCGCGGAGGGCCGCGCGGACGUGCUCGCGGCCGGCCUGCCAAGGCGCGCUCGCCGCCCCCACCGCCGCCUGUGCCCGAGCGCCGCACGCCGCGCCGUUCCGCGGCACAGAAAACCGCUACAUGGCUGCAAAACAUUACAUCGGAACGGUCGCGCCGCACUGUUUUGGAUAGUGAUGAAUCAGAAUAAAGUAUGUGGAGUACUUUAUUAAUGUUUAAUGUUAAGAUUGGUAUCCCUUAAUAAAUACAAUUUUAUAUAACGAACCUA